GGUUUUGAUUCUGAUUAUCUUCAUUUCUAAUUUCAUUUUGAUUAUCCUUCAACUCAAUUUGUUAAUUGCUGUCAUCAUCGAGCAUUAUCACAUGGAUUUUGUUUGUGGAUUUGAGACUCGCCGUAAUUGUAGCAAUCAGUGGGUGUCAGUGGGGAAGAUAGAAGCAGAAAACAAUGGCGUCUCGCCCCUUUGAUGAUGAUGGCUACAUUGGCUACGAUCCUCGCCUUCCGUCUUAGCGAUUCGACUCGUUCUCCAACUUCGAUGUUGGCUCAAUCAAGGACUCGGUCUGUGACUCGCCGCCAAUAUUCAGCAGUCAAUCAUACAGCUCUGGAGAUGACAUGUUUGUAUCUCAGCCACUUCUCGAGACCUUAUCGCCGCCACCAAUCGGUGGCGAUGGUGGUGGAUUCUCGGAAUUCUCAACUGAGGAGAAUGGAAACAUCUCGACGAUACGAUAGUGUUCUGCGAUUCGACUCGUUCUCCAACUUCGAUGUUGGCUCAAUCAAGGACUCGGUCUGUGACUCGCCGCCAAUAUUCAGCAGUCAAUCAUACAGCUCUGGAGAUGACAUGUUUGUAUCUCAGCCACUUCUCGAGACCUUGUCGCCGCCACCAAUCGGUGGCGAUGGUGGUGGAUUCUCGGAAUUCUCAACUGAGGAGAAUGGAAACAUCUCGACGAUAGUGUUCUGGUAACCAAAAGUAGUGAAAAAAAAAAAGCCUUUUGACAUGGGCAUUACCUGUGUUUCUUUGAGGGAUUUCUUUGCGUUUUUAAUAAAUGCAAGAGAAAAUAAGUUUAUACCAGUAUUUGCAUUAGAUGUAAGUAUUAUAUUUACUGGCAUUAUCGAUGCCAUGUGGCGUUUGUGUAAAUGCUGGCAAUGUUUUUACUUGUAUUUAAAAAUACAGGUAAAUUUUAAAC